AUGAUCGUAUCGUCAAAGCCAAACAGACCUCUUCUUCUCUUCUGUGUUCUUCUCUUCCCAUUUUUCCAAGUCCAAGCCAAGUGCAGAAUCGGCUGUAACCUUGCCCUCGCCUCUUACUACGGCUGGCCAGGCUCAAACCUCACUUAUAUCAGCACCAUCUUCGGCAAAACAAUCUCUGAAAUUCAGCGGUUCAACCCGGAUUUGCACGACCCGGAUACCCUAAUAAGCGACACCCGGAUCAAUCUUCCGUUCUCCUGCGAGUGCCUGAACGGCGAUUUCUUGGGCCAUACUUUCACUUACAAAACCCAGAUUGGCGACACUUACACUAAGGUUGCUAAGGUGGCGUUUGCAAACCUCACCACCGUGGACUGGCUUGAACGGGUCAACAUCUACGGCCCAACCCAGAUACCCGAUUUUGGUCUCAUCAAUGUGACAGUGAACUGUUCUUGUGGCGACGUACACGUCUCUAGGGAAUACGGGUUGUUUGAGACGUACCCUCUCCGGCCUGGUGAGAAUUUGUCCUCGGUGGCGGCGGAGUCCGGUGUGUCGGCCCAGUUGCUCCGGCGCUACAACCCGGGAUCCGACUUUGGUGCUGGGUCCGGCCUUGUAUUUGUCCCAGUCAAAGAUGAAAAUGGAACUUACCCUCCGUUGAAAUUAAGGGGAGUCAUUGCUGGCAUAUCUGUUGCUGGAGUUGUGGGGGUUCUGCUUUUGGCGGGUGCCAGCUACUUUGGAUUUUACAGAAAGAAGAAGGUGGAUGAGGAAUCCUUUCUCAGAGGAGAGCCCAAUGGCGAUCAAGUUGAACAUGGUCUUUGUAAUGCCUGCCCUGGAAGUACCUUGGAGAAAACUUCUGAAUCAGGACCUAUUGUUGGUGGUGCGACCCUGGGGCUCACAGGUUUUACCAUGGACAAAUCAGUGGAGUUCUCGCUUGAAGAGCUAGCAAAGGCUACAAAUGACUUUAGCAUGGCCAACAAGAUAGGGCAGGGAGGCUUUGGGUCUGUUUACUAUGGAGAGAUAAGAGGCGAGAAAGCUGCAAUUAAGAAGAUGGAUAUGCAGGCUUCAAAAGAAUUUCUUGCUGAGCUGAAAGUUUUAACACAUGUUCAUCACUUGAAUUUGGUACGGUUGAUAGGUUACUGUGUGGAGGGCUCGUUAUUUUUAGUCUACGAAUUCAUUGAGAAUGGCAACUUAAGUCAACAUCUGCGUGGUUCAGGGAGGGACCCCUUACCAUGGUCUACUAGGGUGCAAAUUGCCCUUGAUUCAGCCAGAGGGCUCGAAUACAUCCAUGAGCAUACAGUCCCUGUCUAUAUUCAUCGUGAUAUUAAGUCAGAAAAUAUUUUGAUAGACAAAAACUUUCGUGCAAAGGUUGCAGAUUUUGGGCUUACAAAACUGAGUGAGGUUGGGAGUGCUUCAUUGUUCACACGUCUUGUGGGUACCUUUGGAUAUAUGGCUCCAGAGUACGCUCGGUAUGGCGACGUUUCUCCCAAGAUAGACAUAUACGCAUUUGGAGUUGUCCUUUAUGAACUGAUAUCCGCCAAGGAAGCCAUUAUCAAGGCAAAUGAAGUUAGUACUGAAUCGAUAGGACUCGUUGCUUUGUUUGAGAGCAUUCUCAAUAAUCCGGAUCCUAAAGAAGAUCUGCACAAGUUAGUUGAUCCCAGGCUCGGCGAUGAAUACCCCCUCGACUCAGUCUUAAAGCUAGCGCAGCUUGCCAGAGCUUGUACACAUGAAAAUCCACAACUCAGGCCGAGCAUGAGGUCGACUGUGGUCGCGUUGAUGAUGCUUACAUCUUCAACCGAGGAAUGGGAUGCCGUUUCGCUCUACAAAAAUGAGGAUCUAGUCCAUCUAAUGUCGGGAAGAUAGCACAUUGUUCAUCAGGGUUUCCUGGUUCCUCUCAUCUGGAAAAGGCUUGAUCUCCAGGCUCAGGCAAACUGGUCUUCAUGAUCAUGAUCAUGAAUGUCUUCAAGGCAAGAAAGCAGCUUGGAAUAGAGCUGGUUGCUUUUGUGUUUUCCUUGUCUUUCUUUCUUUCUUGGCAUCUUCUUGUUGAUCUUGUGAGAAGGCAGAUAUUGAUGUAAUAAAUACUAUAAUUUAAGAACACAAAGCAUAUUCAAGGAGCCAUUUGAGUCAGUGAUAAGUCUUGGAUAUGAGACUUAUGCAAAUCAGGAAUGAUUUAGUUAAUGAAUUCAAAUUGGAGGGAGAGAGAGAGAGAGAGUUUGAAUGAUAGGAGGGAGAAUUUAGAGGAAAGUAGAAAGAGAAUUUAGAGGGAAAGAUUUAUGUUCUAUUUCAUUUCAUAAAUCGCAUCCUUGGUGCCUUACAUCCUUUUAUAGGUAUUCACAUAACUGUAACUGCCAAGUGCAAGUGGAUAUAGCUGUAACUAAUUGGUACAACUAUGGGGUUAUUACAACAAUAGGCUAAUUACAGCCUUGCCACUUCUGGCUACUAAUUACAUUUAGGCCUUUGUCAACCCCCUAAGGUCGUAACAUUUUCCCUCCUCUUGAGAUCUUUCUUGUCCCCAAGAAAAGACAACAGUUGGGUUUCCUGGGGGUGCUGCUUCAGCAAGUUUGGUAAGUACUCCCAAGUUGCGUUAUCUGGGUGCAAGUGGCUCCAUUAGACUAGCACUUUAGUCAGUGGGAUAGUAUCCUUGUAGGUGAUUCAUCGGUCUACAAUAGCUUGGGGUUCCGUGGUAACCUCCUUGUUUUCAUCUACUGGGGGAAGCUAGAAGCUGGUUGUUGCCGUAGGCUUUAUUACUUUCUUUAGCAGUGACACAUGGAACACCGGAUGGGUGGACGUUUCUUCAGGAAAUUGCAGCUUAUAAGCUACCUUGCUUUCUUCAAACAAAUCUUUAAACUCAAUCAAAAGUUCGUUGAUUAUGCCUAAGGAGGUUAGCUCUUCUUGAAGUGGUUCCAUCUCCUAUUUCUUUUUCUCGCUGCCUCUUAUUUCUGUGUAGCUCAUCUCCUCCAUUUCGACAGCGUGAAUGGAGAAUAGCUGUGAGAUGUGGUACUUCCCU